UUCCAUUCGAUUUCAUUAUACAAAAUUUCAGUUCGCUGCGAAACGGUGCGGAGUACGUUUCGUUUCGCUCGAUACCCGACAACAUCCACAUUUCCCCUUUUUUUUAUUAUUAUUAUUAUCAUCGAUAAACAAUUUUAUCAGCGCAUUUUCCGAUAAGGAUCGCAACGACUACGCAAACCAUCGGCCACUAGGAUGACAAUUGGAUUGUGUUUGUGUGAUAAGUUUGCCGUUUGGAGAAAUUUUUCGGUUAUUUUGUAAUCAUUUUUUUCGGGUUUAAUCAUUUUUUCGAAACUGAAAGUGCUGGAUUCCCCAAACUUGGAUUACCUACUCAAAAUGGCCCUAGCAAGGGGUGGCUAAACUAAACGUCCGGUGCGUGUACGGGUGCGUGAAAACGUUUUAAAUAAAUGGACAUAUUGCAACCAGUCAAAGAUUGAAAUUAUGAUCCCGCAUCGCCAAAAAGUUGUCAUGGACCAACUAGUGACGUCAAUGACGUCAGGCGUUACUUGGGAUAGCAUUUUCGAGAUUAUGUAUAAGGCUCGACUGCCGGGGGUGAGUGAUUGCUCGGCCGGGCAAACGGCCCGGGUAACCUCCAACCUGCAUCCGACGAGUACUAUGGCCGUGAGCCGAGUCCCGAGCCCACCGCCACAAGAGGUCAACACUCCUGUUGCUGAAAAUUGGUGUUACACGCAGGUUAAAGUAGUCAAAUUUAGUUACAUGUGGACCAUAAACAACUUCAGUUUUUGCCGGGAAGAAAUGGGGGAGGUUUUGAAGUCCUCCACGUUUUCGGCGGGCGCCAACGAUAAAUUAAAAUGGUGCUUGAGAGUGAAUCCCAAAGGUUUAGACGAGGAAAGUAAAGACUAUUUAUCGUUAUAUUUGUUAUUAGUUUCGUGCAAUAAAAGUGAAGUUAGAGCCAAAUUUAAAUUUAGUAUAUUAAACGCGAAACGCGAAGAGACGAAGGCGAUGGAGAGCCAACGGGCGUACAGGUUCGUUCAAGGGAAAGACUGGGGUUUCAAGAAAUUCAUCAGAAGGGAUUUCCUCUUGGACGAAGCCAACGGCCUACUUCCCGACGACAAAUUAACCAUAUUUUGCGAAGUUAGCGUCGUAGCAGAUAGUGUAAAUAUUUCAGGUCAGUCGAAUACAAUCCAAUUUAAAGUUCCAGAAUGUAGAUUAUCCGAUGAUUUGGGUUUACUUUUCGAAAAUCAGAAAUUUAGUGAUGUUACUUUAUCAGUAGGAGGUAGGGAAUUUCAAGCUCAUAAGGCUAUAUUAGCAGCGCGAAGUCCCGUCUUCCAGGCGAUGUUCGAACACGAAAUGGAGGAGCGGAAACACAAUAGAGUAGAUAUAACAGAUGUAGACCAUGAAGUAUUGCGCGAAAUGUUGAGGUUUAUCUACACCGGAAAGGCGUCUAAUCUGGAAAAAAUGGCGGAUGAUCUCCUCGCGGCAGCCGAUAAGUACGCUUUAGAGAGGCUGAAAGUCAUGUGUGAAGAAGCAUUAUGUACAAAUUUAUCAAUAGACAAUGCAGCGGAAAUUCUCAUUUUGGCCGACUUGCAUAGCGCCGACCAGCUCAAAGCUCAAGCCAUAGAUUUUAUUAAUACACAUGCCACAGAUGUCAUGGAUACUCCGGGUUGGAAGUCAAUGAUCCAAACACAUCCUCAUUUAAUAGCAGAGGCGUUUAGAGCAUUGGCUACGCAACAGAUCCCGCCUAUAGGACCGCCUAGGAAACGGGUGAAGCCGAGCUGAAGCUCGUGAGCCUCUCAAAAGCUGCCAAUUCGACUGUUUUAAUGUGUUCAAAUUAAAAAAAAUCGUAAGUUCAAUAAAUUUAAGAGAAAUAACGAAACUGGUUAGAACCGUUUCGCUCUUGUUGGAUUUCGAGAUAGACACAUUAAUGACGAGUGCUGUUUUUUUUAGUGUUAGGCGUCUUUAAUCCUAAUUUUUUUUGUUUGUUUUAUCACCUAUGGCGAGGAGGUUUGCAGAUUAUAGCGUGUUGGAGAAUUUAGUUUUUUUUUUGUUAAUGAUGAAUCUAAAUUAUGUAAAUUAUCUUUGGAAAAAUAGGCAAGUUUAUUUAAUAUGAAUUUAGCGAAUACCUGCAAUUUCCUCGUUAUUCUGUGAUUUGUUAUGUAACCUUUCUUCUGUAAGAUAACAUGUUUUGAGUUAGGUGCGGUGAAUCGGCGUUUAUAAGUUGCUUUCUGUGUAAAUCGAUUAAUAAAAGUACAUGCAAAAAGUACUACAUACCUACAUAGGAACGGGAUGAAAAUUUCUCGUUUAUCGCAAAAUAAUUUGUUUAUUUAAACGUGGAUUUGACGUGAACAAUAAUAUUAUAUGUAUCGUCUUUGUCUCCGAGGAAAAGUGAUCAACGUAGCUACCUCAACAUAAUGAUAGUAAUCGUAUUACCUAGCAAUAUUUCCUAGCCUUUGUACUUGUCAUUUUGAAAACGUCUCAGCUACAUCAAAUGGCAGAAAAACACUUUUCUAGGGCUAUGUGUAUGUUUUAGAAAUAAGCGAAACUGUUACGAAUCCACGAUAAAAUGUACAAUAAACGAAGACUAAACGCUCGAUUCACCAGCCCUUCAGAAACAAAACUGAAUUGUGAUAUAUAUACGACCACAGCAGGUUCCUAAUCGGGGACACUCGACCUUGUAAUUUUAGUCUUAUUAUUUGUCUUGAUCUCUUGAUUUAAGUUUAAGAUCAAACGCAAAAUCAAAUAAAAAAAACACCUUGUUAAACUAAACUGAUGUUUCUCAAAUUGAAUUUCAACGUACGCGCCCCGUGCAUACGGGGGGAUUGCCGAAUAAAAAUAAAGUGCUUUUCGUUUAAAUUAAGUUUAUGGUUUUAUUGGAGCCACCGAAUUGGUUUUUGUAUAAAUGUUAAUGCGAUUGUUUCCAAAUUGAUUUGAUACUGUGGCGCCAAUCAUUUUAUUUAUUAAACAUGUCCGUCCUUCGUUUGAAAUUAUCGUACAUAUCUCCUUGACGGGGCUGCUAAUUGAGCGACUCUUUUAUAAUAGAAUGGCGUUAAUUGAUUGCUUAAUUUCAAAUCUACUACAAUAUUAAUUCAGAUCUUUUCCAGAUAUUAAUUCUCUAGUUGCAAAUUUUUUAAACAGGUUUUUUGUUGUGCUCAGUUGGUACUCUCGCCAUUUAAAGCUGAUAUUAAGGACAUGUGGUUUUGGCUUAAACUUAAAAUUGUAAAAAUGAAAAUAAUUGUAUAGUAACAGGUCCGAUGCGAUUUGGACCGUAUUUUUUGCGCGGCGCAUUUCUUUUGUAUCAUUCUGUAUAAAAGUUAAUGCUUUGUUUUCAUUUUAUUUUGUAAGAAUAGUUGUGAAUUUGUGAUAAAUAAAACAAUAUGCAAGGUAAAAAUAUUUGAGAAAUUAAAUUUUGUGAUAAGG